AUGAUUUAUACAUAUGGUGUACUUGCAGAGACCACAACAGAGUUAGCAACAUCACUUUCACUUGCUGCUUCAAGAUGGAUAGUUGAACUUGAUGGGUUCAUGAGAGCUGGCCUAUACGAUGGAUGGCUUCUCUAUCUGUUUGUGGGGAAUUUGCUUAAAGGACAAACUGUUGGUGUGAUUGGAGCAAGUCGUAUUGUAUUUGCAUAUGCUAGAAUGAUGAAUGAAGGAUUCAAGAUGAACUUAAUUUAUUAUGAUUUCUACCAAGCCACACGUCUUGAGAAGUUUGUUACAGCUUAUGGUCAAUUCUUGAAAGAACUUGUCACAUGGAAACACACAUCAUUAAUGGAUGAGGUAAAUGCGUUUUUGGAUGAGAACUCACCACCUCCAUCAGCAUGCCCAAGCAUUGUCAAUGCAAAACAACUAGCCACCGUCGAAGCGCCGCACCCUACCGGAGACCUUCGACACCAUAUCUACAGAAUCCAAAGGAGCAAGGUCUCUCACUACAAAAGAGGUCUUUACACUGUAUCCCGCGGCUAUAUUCGUUGA